UAUGCGUGUGCGUGUGUGAGCGCGAGCGAGCUUGUGAGGGAGAGGAGCGAGAGUGCGAUUGAGAAAGAAUAAAAGGAAAGAAGAUUUUCUCUGUGUAUAUAAAGAUGACCACGUUAGCAAACGGACAGGCUAACAAAGCGAGCCUCGGUACCAACGGGCUCAGCAGCAGCCCGGGCAGCGCCGGGCACAUGAACGGAUUAAGCCACAGCCCGGGGAACUCGUCGACCAUUCCCAUGAAGGACCAUGAUGCCAUCAAGCUGUUCAUUGGGCAGAUCCCCCGCAACCUGGAUGAGAAGGACCUCAAACCUCUCUUCCAGGAGUUCGGCACGAUCUACGAGCUUACGGUUCUGAAGGACAGGUUCACAGGCAUGCACAACUUUGCCGGGGAGAAGGAGCGGGCGACAGCGAACGAGCGGGAGACGGCGCGACAGGGAGCCUUAGGCGGACGCCGAGGAGAAAGGCGCUCGGGCAGCGGAGACCAGGACUGGGGUGCGUGGGAGCUGCUCGCUGGGGCAAGGCUGGGUUUUGGGCAAGGAGCUAAUAGACACGGUGCCGUGGGGAGAGCAGCGGGGGCAGCAGAAGAGAAAGAGAUGAUCGAGGGAAAACGGGGCUUGGAUUUUUUGGUACAGCGACUAAGAGAUUGGGAUAGGGACGGCUGCACCGGCCGAGCCUGGGACGCCCAGCUGACUGGCGGGCUCUCCGCCCGCCUGGGACCUAGGGUGCUGUCCAUCGCCGUGGUGCUGAAAACACUAAGCGGAGACGGUCUUCUCCUCCGCUCCGGGCCAGAGUAG